UAUUACCGACAGCACUUGCAAAAGUUCAAAACUCAAAGAAAACUCCAGCGCUGAUAGGAUGACUGAUAAAUCUUGCCGUGCCGUCCUUGCAAUAAAGACUGGCUCUAACAAUUUCAAAAAUUAAAUAAUCCUAUUUAGUUUGCCUUACCGUUCGGACAUCGACGAGAUAAUAUAUUUUUUUAACAAUUAGUAAUAAACCCUAUAAAAUGGUUGUGGAUGUACCCAGUAUUAAACUGUCAAAUGGGCAAGAAAUGCCAAUUUUAGGUCUCGGAACUUAUGCGAGGAAACCAGAGCCUGGUCAAGUUUUGAACUCGGUGAGAUGGGCCAUCGACGCUGGCUACAGGCACAUAGACACCGCGACCGUCUACAAGAACGAGGCUGAAGUUGGUGAGGCCAUCAGCGAGAAGAUCGACCAGGGUGUCGUCAAGCGGGAACAGCUUUUCGUCACCACCAAAUUAUGGAACGAUAAGCACGCGAGGUCUGAUGUCUUGCCGACACUGAAGGAGUCCUUAGCAAAACUGCGUUUGGACUACGUCGAUUUGUAUCUGGUGCACUGGCCUGUGUCUGUCAACGACAAAGGUGAGGAUCUGGCGAUCGAUCACCUCGACACGUGGAAGGGCAUGGAGGAAGUCCUGGAACUGGGCCUCACGAAGGCCAUAGGAGUUUCCAACUUCAACGAGGAGCAGCUCGAGAGGUUGCUCAGGGAAGCCACGGUUAAACCAGUCGUCAACCAAGUCGAAAUAAAUCCCACACUAACUCAGCACAAACUGGUGAGGUUCUGCCAGGAGAGGUCGGUGGUGCCGGUAGCGUACACUCCGCUCGGUCUGGUCUCGGACGCCCGGCCAGAGUUCGCGGGCCUCGACGUCAUCAAAACCGACCCGAAGCUGGGCGGACUAGCCGACAAGUACGGAAAGACCAGGGCUCAAGUCGCCCUUAGGUAUCUGACCCAACGCAACAUUCCUGUUCUACCGAAAUCGUUCACGAAGUCCCGGAUCGAACAGAACAUCAAUAUUUUCGACUUUACGCUGAGCGAUGACGAGAUGGCGCUUGUCGACGGCUACAACAUCGACCACCGCUGCGUACCCUCGAAGGCGUUCGCCCAUUUGAAGAAUUAUCCGUUUUAAAUCAACAUUCAAUUAUUUUAAUAUUUAAAUGUUUUAAUACA